AUGGACCCACCGCCGAAGAGGAUGAGAAUGGAUGCCGGUCGGGGUCUCCCCGACAUGGGACAUAUGUCCGGCGGCGGCUCUCCUCCCGUGCCUCGUCCUGGCGUCGAUCAGGCGCACGCCGAGCAAGCUGAUCCCAGGAUCCCGAAGCAGAGAACGUGGUCGCGCGCGUCAUCCGCCUGCCAGACUUGUCGCGGACGCAAGACAAAGUGCGAUAACGAGCGCCCAAUAUGCGGCUACUGUAGGAGGGUCGGCGCAACAUGCACUUAUAUCGAGGACUCGGCCCCGGCAAUGUCGUUAUGCCAAGGCGUUGGGCCACGGCUGCUUGGGGCAAUAGAGAACUUAACCAACCUGAUCCAACGGAACGAGGAGAACUUUCGUGCCAUUCCUCAGCUGAGUCGAGACUUGUCUCGUGACUCUAGCGACUACCCAGACAGCCCAACAGCGCCCAGCGGACGGCAAGACAAUUUCAACCUUUUCACGGGCCAAGACGGCAACGGCCAUGAUGGAACUAAGAAAGCGGGCCACCCUUCGCUUUCGGAAACCGCUGGCCUCGACUCGGUGUUAGAGUGGCCGAUAUUUCCCAAACCGGUGCCUUUCGCGAUAGACCCCUUCAGCCAUGCCUCUCCACGUGGGGAGGUGUUCUCCCCGAGAUCCCCACCAGCGAUGGAGUUCUAUGAGCUUUCUAGACUCGUUGACCUGUUUCUGGCUAACGUUCAUCCCAUGAAUCCCGUCAUCGACGUGUCUAUGCUUCGCCAGAUGUUGAAGCAAGUCGCCGAGAACGGGCCUGACUGGUCAGCUGCUACGUGCUUAGUCGCGCUUACAUGCGCCCUGGGAGCUAUAUCCCAACGGCCGGGGCAGAGGACACCGAGCGGGACACCACGUGGCUACUCGGUUGAGCCCAACCGUCAUCUCGCCUCGCGGUACUGGUCUGUUGCGGAGAAACGUCUUGGCUUUUCCAUGGGCCAGCCCGGGUGGGAGUCAGUACAGUGUCUGUGUCUUGCAGGCAUUUGGCACAUGUACAACAUGGAUCCCUUACAAGCAUGGAAAUGCUUCAGCAUGGCGAGCAACACAUGGUACACCACCUCGCUCACCAGCAAAUUGACCUUGCCCGGAAAGGCAGAAACCCCUGAGUACCCUCAAUCUCUCUCGCUAGAACAGAUACUGUACUUCACAUGUUACAAGUCUGAAUCAGAACUUGCUUUUGAGCUUUCUCUGCCGGGCUCGAUUCUUGCCGGCAUAGAUUAUCCCUACAACUUUCCCGCUCCACCAACGCUGGGGGUGAUGAAUCUAGACAACAAGGCACUGAUGAUGGAGCAAAGAUCCUGGUACUACUAUCUCGCGGAGAUUGCCGCGAGACAGCUGAUGAAUCGCAUUGUGAAAGCCCAGCGACGUUCCCCUCCACACCCCACAGAGCAUGGCAUAGAUCGGAUGCUUGAAGUAUUUGAGGUAUUCGAUGCCCAGUUGACGGAUUGGUACGAGUCUUUGCCUCCUCCGAUCUCAUUCCAAAUACCCAACGGUGAGAUUGCGCCACUGGCGGAUGAUCUAUGUCAAAUGCUCCGCGGACGCUAUCUGACAAUGCGAGAGUUGCUUUGUCGACCGUUUGUAAGGCUAGCUUCGACUAUUUCGAUUGGCAUCACAGUGUCGGAGCACAUGGUCACCAGGGUAGCUGAAAUCGCUUCAAGGGGUCUUCAGUAUUGCUUAUUCAGGAUCCAAGCCACAUCUUCCACUCCUCAUCAUGGCCUCUGGCUGCAGCUCAGGGGGUUUGUCACUUGUUCUUUGAUUUUGACCGCGGCAGAGCGGGCGCAAUCCAUCCCUUCUUUAAACAUGCCUACAGUGGUUGUGUAUCCUCAGAACUGGAAGAGAACCAUCCUAGCACAGAAGGAGAUCCUAUCAAAUUGCUGGGAAUACGAGGAGGGAGGAAUAAGUGACUGUGCAAGGGUCUUGGAUUGGGCACUUGCCAAGUUUUCAAUGUAG